UCUGCUCUACAUCCCGAAUCGUUCCGUUCCGUUUCGAUUCGAUCCUAUUCGAUUCGAUUUCGAGCCGUACUUGGUAGAAUUUAAGCAAAUCGGAAAACGACAAAUAGUUAUAUUUAUUGUGACCCGUGCGUAAUUUCCUCGAUGCGAAUUAUUUUCAGAGCCGCCCAAGGAUAUCACAUUGGACUUUUAAUCGAACCAUCAAGGAUCGCCAGCUUGUGAAUUCUUUUUUGAAAAAAGUGCAAAUGCUGUGUUACUGAACAAAGAAUUUAUAUAGUUCGUUAGUCCUUACAAACGCAUACCAAACAUCGACUGUGCUGAGUUUGAAAAGUGAAAAGAUGAAGUUCCAUUUGGUAGCCCUUCUGGGCAUGCUCAGCGUGGUCCUGGCGGAGCCCUCGCCCACUCUGGCUCCUCCGAUCUUGCCCUGCGUGCACGCGGCCACCGCUGGCUAUUCGUAUCCUCCUCCGGCGGAGGUGAAGUUCUCCAUCUCGCCCGGAGUGACCAAGUACAGUCAGAGUCCGGCGAUUUCCACGUACGCGGAGAAUGGUCACCUACUCCACACCUCGGUGGGAAGUUCGGGUGCCUCGUAUCAGUCCACUGCCGGAAUCGAGGGUUUGUCCCAUGGAGGCAUCGCCCAGAUCGAUAAGUACAUAGCUCCGGUGCAGAAGACCCUCUUCACUCCUUCGGCUGAGUACGGAGCACCGAGUGGAAUCACCUAUGCGGACAAGUCACCAGCCGCCAAGUACGCAACCGUAGUGCCAUCCGGAAUCGAGAUCAAGAAUUUGGUGUCACCGGCUAUCACCAAGUUGGACAACUCCUAUUUGCCACCAUCCGCUGGAAUCAGCAAAGUGGCUACCUACACUUCGCCAGGAUAUAGUUACAGUUCGGCCACUCCGGGAAUAUCCAAGGUGGCCACGUAUUCCUCGCCAGCUCUUUCGAGUAUUCCCUACUAUGCGCCACCAGUGACCUCCAAGGUGGAGACCUACAGCUCACCGGGGUACACGUACUCCAAGGCCACUCCUGGUUACUCCAAGGUGGAGACGUACAGCUCUCCGGGCUACAGCUAUGGUCAGGUCUCACCAGGAAUCUCCAAGAUUGCCACCUACUCGCCAUCCGUUUCUUAUUCGGCACCCGCGAUUGCCAAGGUGGCCACCUACUCAGCCCCGUCCGUUAAACUGGCCACCACCUCGUCAUUGCUCUCCUCCCAUGGAACCGGAUACUCGGCCAGCUAUGCUCCGUCGAUAACCAAGUACAGCCAGGCGGCGGAUGUGUCCCACCAGUACUUCUCCAAGCCCAUUGUGGCCGCCUAUCCAGCUGCAGUUCCGGCGAUCACAAAGGUGGCUGCCAGUUACGGAGGCACUGCAUCGGGAGCUCUUUCCCAUCAGUAUGUCUCGCAGCCCGCCAUCACAAAGGUGGCCAGCUAUGCUGCUCCAGCGGUGGCCACCUACUCAUCCGCUCCCGCCAUCACCAAGCUAUCCACCAGCUUCGGAGCUUCGGGAUCGGGAGCUGUUUCCCAUCAGUAUGUGUCCAAGCCAGCGGUGGCCAUUUCAUCCGCUCCUGCCAUUGCCAAAGUGGCCACCUAUGCCGCUCCUGCCAUAUCCAGCUACUCCACUGGACCUGCAAUCUCCAAGGUUGCCUCCUAUGCCGCUCCCACUGUGUCCACCUACUCCUCAGGUCCUGGCUAUGGAGUAAGUGGCUCCGGAGCCCUCUCUCACCAAUAUGUUUCCAAGCCGGCAGUGGCCAUUUCCGCCGCUCCUGCAAUAGCUAAAGUAGCAACAUAUGCUGCUCCUGCCAUAUCCACUUACUCGGCAGCUCCAGUGGUGACCAAAGUGGCCUCUGGAUAUGGAGCAUCCGGCCAUGGAGGAGCUGUUUCCCAUCAGUAUGUGUCCAAGCCAGCGGUGGCUAUAUCAGCUGCUCCUGCAAUAGCUAAAGUAGCAACAUAUGCUGCUCCGUCCAUUUCCACAUAUUCCUCAGGUCCCGCCGUGACCAAGAUUGCCACCGGCUAUGGAGGAUCAGGCUAUGGUGGAUCAGGACAUGGAGGAGCCGUCUCCCAUCAGUAUGUGUCCAAGCCAGCAGUAGCCAUCGCUGCAGCACCUGCAAUCGCCAAAGUUGCAACAUACGCUGCUCCGGCAAUCUCCACCUAUGCAACUGCUCCAGUUAUCUCUAAGGUGGCCACCUAUGCUGCUCCUGCCAUUUCCACCUACUCGGCAGCUCCUGCUCUCACCAAGGUUUCAUACAGUCAAGCGGCGGAUGUGUCCCACCAGUACAUCUCCAAGCCCAUUGUGGCCGCCUAUCCAGCCGCUGCUCCAGCGGUGGCCACCUACUCAUCCGCUCCCGCCAUCACCAAACUCUCCACAAGCUAUGGAGCUUCGGGAUCGGGCGCCGUUUCGCACCAGUAUGUGUCCAAGCCAGCGGUGGCUAUUUCAUCUGGUCCAGCGAUCGCUAAAGUGGCUACCUAUGCUGCUCCUGCCAUAUCCACCUACUCCGCAGCUCCUGUGGUGACCAAAGUGGCCACUGGCUAUGGAGUAUCCGGCCAUGGAGGAGCUGUUUCCCAUCAAUAUGUCUCCAAACCAGCGGUGGCCAUAUCAGCUGCUCCUGCGAUUGCUAAAGUGGCAACUUACGCAGCUCCUUCGAUCUCCACUUAUUCUUCGGCUCCCAGUCUCACCAAGAUUGCCACGAGCUAUGGAGGAUCGGGCUACGGAGGAUCAGGCCAUGGAGGAGCACUCUCCCAUCAGUACAUCUCAAAGCCGGCGAUCGCAGUGGCUCCAGUGGCUCCUGUUCUAUCCAAGGCUUACUUACCCGCUGCUCCGGCCAUCGCCUUGCCCGCCAAAGUGGCCACAGGAUACGGAAUCAGUGGCCAUGGAGCCGUCUCCCAUCAGUAUGUUUCCAAGCCGGCAGUGGCCAUUUCACACGGUCCUGCGAUUGCCAAGGUGGCCGCCUAUGCCGCUCCUGCCGUUUCCAGCUACUCCACUGGACCUGCAAUCUCCAAGGUUGCCUCCUAUGCCGCUCCUGCGAUUUCCACCUAUUCAGCGGGUCCACUACUAUCCAGUGGCCAUGGAUACGGAGGAAGUGGCUCGGGAUACAGUUCUGGCGCCGUCUCCCAUCAGUAUGUGUCCAAGCCAGCGGUGGCCAUUGCUGCUGCUCCGGCAAUCGCCAAGGUGGCCACUUACGGAGCUUCAGCCGUGAGCCACCUCUCCGCAGGACAUGCAGUCGCCUCGGUGCCCGUUUUGUCCACCAAAGUGGCCACUGGAUAUGGAGUGUCCGGCCAUGGAGGAGCUGUUUCCCAUCAGUAUGUAUCCAAGCCAGCUGUGGCCAUUUCAACUGGUCCUGCCAUCGCCAAGGUGGCCUCCCCAAUUGGACAUGGACUUGGACUGGGACUGGGACUCGGGUACGGGGCCAGUGGACAUGGACACGGAGCAGCUCUGCUGGGUGCUCCUCUGACCAAGCUGACAUCCGCUCCAGCUUACUCCUUGGGAGGAAAGCUGGCCAGCAGCACCGCCUACGGAAUCCAUGCGGGUAACUUAGGUCAUGGAGCGGAUCACAGUGGGGGCUACUACGGAGCCAUCUCCCUGGGUCAUGGAGCGGUUUCUCCAGCCCUUAGUUACCACGGUCUGCUGUCCCACGGAUCUGGCCUGGCCCCAGCCUCCUCCUCGCUGGCCCACCUGGACUCCUCCCUGAGUGGAUACUCGCACGGAGUGGGAGGAAUCGGACCGCUGGGAGCUGGAUUCUAUCGAUAUGCUCCCAGUGUGCCAGCGCUGAGCAGCCACGCCCCCGUGGCAGCCACCGCCUACAUAAAGUCGGCACCAGUGGCUCAGCAUGCCGUGCUGAAGGUGGUGCCCGAGAAGCACCUGGAGCACUUUGAUGCCCAUCCACGCUAUGCCUUCGAGUACGCCGUAAAUGAUCCACACACGGGUGAUAACAAGCACCAAAAGGAGGAGCGGGAUGGAGACGUGGUCAAGGGCGAGUACUCCCUGGUGGAGCCCGAUGGCAAUGUGCGCACCGUGAAGUACUACGCCGACUGGGAGACGGGCUUCCACGCCGAGGUCAUCAACAGUCGCGAUCAGGGCAAAAUUGUGGCCAAGCGCCAGACGGAAGCCAAGUCGUGAGCUUUUCACAGGUCGCAAAUUGUUUUGUUCGUUCAGCAACUGUAAAUAGCCUCAAAUCCAAUCUUCUUCUCAUUAAACAUUAAACGUAUUUAUGUAAACCCCACAACGACAACGAUGUCAUACGGCCGCCAUCUUGCCACGAUAUAUCCGAUAUCCAACUAUAUAUCCGCCACGCCCCCCACACAACGCCCACUCUGGAUCCCCGAUUCUGUGCUCAUGUGAUAAGCGUUUCGUUUUAUUGAACUGCUUGCGCUGCUCUCAUCUCAAACUGCGCGCCUCUUAUUAUGCCCAACUAUUUGUAC